AUGAAUCUCGGAUCUAAGUACGAGAACUUCGAGAUCCCAAGAAGCAUAAGCACUCUUUUUGAAAGGAAGAAAGUAACAAACAAUAAACAAGUGGGGGCAUUGGAUUUAGUAUUAUUUAAUAACAAGGGAAUACAUCCUGUUUUGCGAAGAAACCAUUUUGAAACUGGGUCACUAUACAAAAAAAAGAGUUAUCAAAAAGUUGUAACUCCAAUUUUGCUUAAUAAUGUAUCACUUAAUAACAGAAAGGAUACUUCAAUGAUAACUUCAAUUUCCAGUCACAAAGGAUUACUAGCAAUAAGUAACACAAGAGGAGCAGUUGGAAUUUAUAAUAUUAAUGAGAUGCUUAAGUACAGGGAUUUAAACAAUGGAAAGGGCCCAGAAUUGAAGUUUCCAUUAGGGUAUGUACUAACAGAAAAUGAAAAAAGGAAAAUUAAAAGGGGACGAAGUUUUAAGCUGGAGCCUGUACACUACUUAAAUCCUGGAGAAAAUGAGAAUCAUAGAGGAGUGGUUUCUUCAAUUAAUUUGAGUCCUUAUGAUGGACAGUUAUUCGUGACAACUGGAUGGGAUGGAAAUCUUAAAAUAUGGGAUACUUUUGAAGGAAGUUGUGCAUUAACUUUAAGAUCUAGCAGCAAAAUAAACUACUCCCUGAUAAGUCAAAAAAAUCCGAAUAUUUUAAGUUUAGCUAUACAGAAUGGAACAGUGGGAAUAGUUGACUUAAGAAUUGGAGAGUUUUCUCAAACUUUAUUUUUAGACAAAAAAACUACUAACCUCAAGUUAGACAGACCAGAUUCACCAGUACUAAGUGUAGCUUGGAGGACUGAUUCCGAGGAUAUAUUAGCAACCACAUCCCAAAACGGUUUUAUUAGACUUUGGGACCUUAGAUUUGCACCUCAACCUUUUCUAUACAUGAAUAGUAACUUAACAGACUGGGAAUUCGUACAGGAAACAAAUAGCAUGACUCCUCUGUUACUCAGACAACAAAUGAUUCAGGAAGGAGUAGAGGAUUUUCAGAGCCAACAGAUAAGUCAAGAAAGACGACAUAAACAGAAUAAGGAACAGGGAAGAGAGCAGGAGUUAAAUGAAGAUGAGAAAAAAUUUCUUAAGGUUAUAAAGGAAAGCACUAAUGAAUCAAAGAUCUCUAAAAAAAGCUCUAGCGACUUCUUGAGCUUUUAUCAAAGCCAUUUUGGGAUUAGUGCACCUAGGACUAUAGGAUAUGCUCAUGAAAGUGGAGUAGGGUUUUGUCAGUUUUUGAAGAAUGGGAGAUUUUUGAUAUCCUCAGCUCAAGAUGGUACAAUCAAACUUUGGAAUGCUUUAAAUGGAAAGAACUGUUAUGUUUCCUAUGACAGCUUUGAGUCACAAGCUUUUUGGGAAGGGGAUGGACUGGUUGAAUUAGGAAUAGAUGACCAGAUCCAAAAAUACUUUAAAAGAUUCUCGUUAGAUUCUAAAGAUCAAGACACCUUGUUUCAUCCAAAUGGAAAUGAUAUAGGUAUAUGGAAUGUUAGAACAGGUAAAUGCUUAAAAAGACUUUCUGCACAUAUUAAUGCCAAGUCUGUAUCCAUAAUACAUUUAAAUUGCUAUUCUAAUUUAAUGUUUUCGGGAGACCAAAGUGGAUAUUUACAUAUGUGGAAUGCCAAUUAUUAG